AUGGAAUGUUACGAUAACACGAAACAGAAGGAUUUACAAGAAGAGCACGAUGUGGUACGUAAUUUCAGAAGAUAUUAUUUUCAGGAAAAAGAAGAAAUGCAUAUAGCAGCCAUAAAAUCAAUAUCCGAUGUCUUAAAAAAUAGCAUAUCGGAAACGAACUUUGAAUUAUUUAUUAAUAUGAAUGAAGCAAAAUGUAAAUUAAAUAAUUUUAUUAAUAAUAAUCAAACACAACAAGAUAUUAUAUCUGUCCCACAUUCCAAAAGAAUGACUAUAUAUCCAAUAAUUUCCUCGUGUGAUAUAUAUCAUCAUUUUGUUGUAAAAAAAUACACACACAACGAAAAUAACUUCCAUGUACUUAAAAAUGUUAUCGAAAAUAACGCAGAUGAAUUCUCAGCAAGUCUACAAAAAAGUCUUGAAACUAUCGGAAGUAGUAGCAAUAUUAUGUUCCUUAAUAAACAUACUACUAUACUAACACACAGUAACUCAGAUUGUGUUAAAUCUCUAAUAAUGGAUGUUGUUAAAAAUCAAAAUAAACAAGUGUCCAUUUAUUUUACCUGCACAAGUCAGGUAAAUUUAAAUUAUGAAGAAAAAGAAAAAAAAUUUGAUGAGAAUUUUUUAGAAGAAUUAACUAAGGAAAAUAUAAAUAUAACAAAGAUAGAUUUAACACAAGUAAAAGAUAUAAUAAAUAAAAUAGAUUUCGUUUUGAUAGGAUCAGAAAUAGUUACAGAUAAUGGAGGAAUCAUAAAUAAAAAGGGUAUCAAAUUAAUAUCUGAAUUAUGUUUAUUAUAUAAAAAACCAUUUUAUGUAACAUGUCAAGCAUAUAAAUUUUUAAAAAUUGAUAAAAAUAAAUGUUCAAAAGAUUUUUACACAUUUUGUACACAAACAGUAACAAAUAAUUUUAAUAAUAUAUAUGAAUUUGUAUCUCCAGAUUUUAUUACACUUUUCUAUACCGAUAUAGGUAUAUUCCCACCUUCUAAUAUAUCUUAUGAACUUAGUAAAUUGUAUAUAAAUGACGCCUUUUAUUUUUAA